AAUCUAACUGUAGUGUAUGUAGGUAGUUUAAGAUAACUAGUUGUCAGUUAAAAAGUGUAAGACCCGAAAUGUAACGCCAGUCUAAAAUAAACCGUGCACACAAUAGACGUGUUUCCUUUCUCUCGUAUACUUCAGUGGCGAACGAGGAUUUUAAAUAUUAAUAAUUAUUAUCGGUGUCGGUGCAAGAUUUAGUUCUGUCGGAAUGGCGUCAAUCGGCAAAAUCGGCGAAUUUAAAGUCGACGGUGGUAAUUGGACUUUGUACGUGGAGCGGUUAGAGAUGUAUUUAGAGGUCAACAAGGUCGACAAAACCAUGUGGCGGCCAACGUUAAUUGCGGUCAUGGGGGACGAAACCUAUGAGCUCCUGAGUAAUCUAACCAGCCCAGAAAAACCGGCUCAGAAAACAUAUGAAGAAAUAGUGAAAUUAUUGCGUGAACAUUUACAACCGAAACCAUCUGUCAUGGCGGAAAGAUAUCGCUUUAGACAAAGGAGGCAAAAAGAUGAAGAAUCCGUUGCGCAGUACGUAUCAGAACUGAAGAAGUUAUCAAGAUUUUGCGAUUUUUCGGCCAGCCUAGAGGACAAUUUACGAGAUCAGUUCGUAUGUGGAUUACGCAGUGACAUUAUUCGACAACGCCUGUUCGCGGAGGACGAUUUAAAAUACCAAGGAGCGGUAAAAUUGGCAUCGGCAUUAGAAGCGGCGGAGAGAGACGCAGCCGUGGUGGAAUUUGGGAAUAAGGCGGCAGGGAUGUCAACGGCGGCCGAGGUGCACGCGAUGAGGUCAUUCUCGCGUGGGCGCGGCGGGAAAGCGGGGUGGCGCGCACCGCCACCGGCAGCGCCGGCGCACGGGGGCCCGUCGGACACGUGGCGCGGAGCGGGGUGGCGCGCGCAACCACCGGGGCCGGCGGCACGCGGAGGCCCGUCGGAUGCGGCGUGCGGCGCAUGUGGCGGACAAGACCAUCGCCACGAAAAUUGCCGUUACAAGGAAUUCAUCUGCAGUAGAUGUCGGCGUCGCGGGCAUUUGCGGCGGGUGUGCCCGGAGCGGGGUAGCCAGGGCGAUUUCAAGCGAGGGAUGCAUCACGUAACGGAAUUCACCGAGGACUCCGCCGGUGAGGACGCCGCGGAUGAGCGGCUGACGCAAGCAGAAGAGGAAUUAUUCCAGCUGAACUUGAACGGAUAUAAACCGGUAUAAGGAGUUAUUCUCGGAGGGACUGGGUCGGUUCACCGGGUGCAAGGCGGCGCUGCGCG